AUUCGGAAUCAGCGUCAAAAAUCGAGUCGAAUGAUACAUAUUUCAAAAUUUUUCGUUGAUUUUCAGUAAUUAAUUAUUAGACGUGAAAAUUUAAAAAGAUUAAACUGAUCGAAUAGGAGACUAAAGCAUAUCAUUCGACUCGAUUUUUGACGCUGAUUCCGAAUAUGAUAUUUUCAUUGCGUGAGAGUUCAGUUCUGAUGGAAAAUUGCGAAUCAGGGGCAGAAUUCCGACGUUUUGAUAUCAAUACACAAUAUGUUUUCAACAAACCAUACACAUUCUUGCAGCCUGAAAAAAAGCCUGUCUUUUGAUGUAAAAAUUACGGUGAUCGGCUAAAAGUCAUCAUGGAAAAUUUCUCAAACAUUAGGACUAAUACAUUAAAUUUUCAUCUAAUUCUGAAGUAUUUCUUCUACGUUUUUUCUACUGGGUCAUUUUUUAACAAAGCUUUUUAUGUAUUCUGAUAGUACUUUUAAUGCUUUAUCGAAUGGUAUAUAGUUCAUUAAAAAAAUAUUCCACAGUCACUUUAAAAUCAAAGAAACACAAUUAGCAUGCUGUUGGUACAAAAAUCAACUUUCUAACUACCCGAAGGGAUCGUUAGAUGAGUUUAUAGGAAAAGUAAGAGAGAGGUAUAGUUACCUCAACCAAAAAAGGUCAGUAGGCAGAAAAAACUUCAGGUCAUAUACUUCGAAGUGUCCUCUACAAACCAGGAGAGUAUGAGAACAAAUCCAAAACUUGAACAUAUCGCUGAUUUUAGGCACAGCGAAGAUUUUUUCCCACAUCUUACGGCUAGUUCCGCUUGAACCAAGCAUUUCGGACCAAAACUCAAAUACAAAAGUUGCUCAGAAUCCAAUUUCUGAGUCCCUUAAAGAGCAUUUUUCUAAGGUAGAAAAUUGAAAAACUGUGAAAUUUAAAAUGAAAAUUUGAAAAAAACUCUUGUGAGGGACUCAGAAAUUCGAUUCUGUGCAACUUUUGUACUCAGGAUUUUGGUAUAUUCCACAGUCACUUUAAAAUUAAAGAAAUAGAAUUAGCAUGCUGUUGGUACAAAAAUCAACUGUCUAACCGCCCGAAGGAGUCGCCAGAUGAGUUUAUAGGAAAAGUAAGAGAGAGGCAUACACACAUGUUCUUUCAUUUUAUCGAAAAAAAAUUGAAAACUUAUAUUCGAUCAGUUUUCGUAAGAAACCGUUACUAGUCCUGUCCCUUCUCUGUUCAUAAAAACUUAGUUCUUGCGUAGAUCGAUACAAAAAUAUGUGGAGAAUAUUUACUACGAAGAAAUAUCUAAAAGCUUGUUCUUUCCUUCCUGUUAUUGAUUAAUUAGUGCUAAUUAACGCAAAUUUAGCCUACUUUACUAGCAUAAAGUCAUCAUUUUUUCCAGUAAUUAAUUUUUUUGUCUUAGUCAAAUAAGGUCAGUAAACCGAAUCAACUUCAGACUAUAUACUUCGAUGUGUCCCCUACAAACUGGAAAAUCUUACAGAAAAUCUAAACCCUCUCCUUUAAUAUUCUUGUUCUAUCGAGUCUUCAUUUUGUCAUCAGAUAUGGAACAUCAAAUGGUACCAGUAAUUUACCAUUGCAGCAACUAUCUCGUCCACAAUCAAAUUUAAGUCAAAAUAAUCAUAGCGACAUCAAUGGCGGAUACGUCAGUAGCAGUUCAAAUGGUCAUGGAAAUACAAAACAUACCGUUGUUUCGUUUGAACCAAAAAAAGGAAGUGCACAUGCUCAUGAAAAAACAGCUAUCAAUUCAGAUAAUGAUAAUGCAAAUGUUGAUAUGCAAUUGGAAAAUAUACGUCGAACAAUGAUGACGGUUGGUGCCGGACGUGGUAAACCAGUAAUACGCAAUAAUAUGCCCAAGUUUUUUUCAUCAUCAUCGGAUUUGCAAAAAUAUUUGGGUGAUUUUAACAAAGCAAUAUUUGAACAAAAUAGUUCAUUAUUAUGUAGUCUAUUAAGUAUUCGGCAUAAUCAUAUUGAACGAUUAUCAUCGCCAGAUGUCUAUGAUCUAUUUGAACGUGUUGGACGUGUUGUACAAGGUUGGAAUCCAAUAUUAACGAAUCAUAUUAAUGUAUGUCAAUUAAUAGUAUCAUCAAACAAUAAUAACAAUAAUAACGAUGUAGAUUAUAAUUUGGAUUCUGUUGCCAUUUUACAGAAUCAAUUGCUUCUUGCACGUUCUCUAUUAGACAUUGUUAAAGAAGCUAAAAAUAAAAAUUGGCAAAUACCAAUAUUAAUUCUCGUUAUUACAGAACUUAGAUUAUUGACAAAUGCUGUUGAAAAUGUUUGCACAGCACAUGAAACAAAACGAAAACGUUUUGAAUAUAAUUUAUCACCACCAUCACAAGAAAUAGCCGAUUUACAAAUUGAUGUAACACGAAAACAAAAUAUUAGUAUUCAUACAGAAAAAUCAAUUGAACUUAUAACAGAAGCAUUUCGUGUAUGUACAUCGGAUCGUUGUCAAGAUCAACGUUUAUCAAAAAAAUGGGGUAGUAUUCAAAUUCUUAAUCAAUUAUUAAAAUUAUGUCAUCGUAUUAAAAAAUAUGAUUUAUGUGAUCAAUUAUUAUCAUUUUCUGAAUCAAAUUUAGAAUAUAGACAUCAUCUAUUAGAUGAUCAAACAAUAACAUAUAACUAUUUUUUAGGUAAAUCAUAUUUGUUCAAAGAUGAUUAUCGAAAAUCAAUUGAAUGUUUAGAUCCCAUAUUUAUCCGUUGUCCAAAAUAUAUGAAAAAAAAUAAAUCAUCUAUUUUACUUUAUCUAUGUUUAUGUAAAAUGCAAUAUGGUUAUACACCAAAAUUAUCUAUUAUUGAAAAAUAUAAUUUAAAACAAUUUUAUGAUUUAUUACGAUGUGUUCGUUGUGGAAACUUAUAUCUCUUCGAUUAUUAUAUAAAACAUUGUUAUCAUUCAUAUUUUCUUAAAAAUGGUCUUACUAUUCUUGUCGAUACACUUUAUUUAUUGACAAUUCGAAAUUUAUUUCGAAACGUUUGGUUAAUAAAAGAGAAAGAAAAUAAAAUAACGGUGGAUACAUUUUUACAAGCAUUAAUAUUUAGUAGUAGUAGUAGUAGUAGUACUAAUGAACAAUAUGAAAAACAAAGAAAAACAAGUUUAGAAUAUCAAAAUUAUGAUCGUUUUCAAUGCUGCGCGUUGUUAGCAACAUUAAUAGCACAAAAUCGUCUAAAAGCAUAUAUAUCAUAUAAACAUCUUACCGUUGUUUUAAGUAAAGAAGAUCCAUUUCCUAAAAUAAUUCCGCAAAAUACAUUAUUUAAUUAA